CAGAGCAAGCGGGGCGCUUCUUCCGCGAGGAGCUGCUGGAGAAGUGGCGGGACUGGCGGCGAUGGAAGCUCUAGAGGAGAAAGAAGCGCAGGUCGCUGCAUGGCUGAAAAAAAUAUUCGGAGAUCAUCCCAUUCCACAAUAUGAGGUGAAUGCUCGGACAACAGAGAUUUUAUAUCACCUUUCAGAACGCAACAGUGUCCGAGACAGGGAUGUCUACCUGGUAACAGAGGACUUAAAACAGAAAGCAAAGGAAUAUGAAUCAGAAGCCAAGCAUCUUCAAGACCUUCUCAUGGAGAGUCUGAAUUUUUCCCCUGCCAGUCUUUCCAGCACUGGUUCCAGGUAUCUGAAUGCUUUGGUUGACAGUGCAGUGACCCUUGAAACAAAGGAUACCUCUCUAGCUAGUUUUAUCCCUGCAGUGAAUGAUUUGACCUCUGAUCUUUUUCACACCAAAUCCAAAAAUGAAGAAAUCAAGCUUGAAUUGGCAAAACUUGAGAAAAAUCUAACUGCAACUUUAGUAUUAGAAAAAUGUCUGCGUGAGGAUCUCAAGAAGGCAGAGUUACAUCUGUGUACAGAAAGGGCCAGAGUUGACAGUCGUCUUCAGAACAUGGACUUCCUGAAAGCCAAGUCGGAGGAGUUCAGAUCUGGAAUUAGAACUGCGGAGGAGCAGCUUUCAGCCCGAGGGAUGGAUGCUUCUCUGUCUCAUCAGUCACUGGUAGCACUUUCAGAGAAACUGGAAGAACUAAAACGACAGACUAUACCUUUGAAGAAAAAAUUGGAGUCCUAUUUAGAUUUAAUGCCGAAUCCAUCCCUUGCUCAGGUAAAAAUUGAAGAAGCAAAGCGAGAAUUAGAUACUAUUGAAGCUGAACUUACAAAGAAAGUAAACAUGAUGGAACUGUGACCAGAGCCAAAUAAAUUUCACCUUUUUUAACAAAGUAGAUUGAAUAGGACUUUAAAGAAUUUUUUCCUUGUGACAUUCCUUAUAACUUAAUUUCUGUGUUCUUAGAUGAAAUAAUGUCAUUAUUGAUGGAAUAGUGGUGUCUGGUUGUGUAUUGAAUUUUUAUGUGCAAAUGCAUAGUUUUCAUAUGAAGAAACAUUGGUUUUCUAUGUUGUUAGUGGCUUGAUGUCCUUCAGUAGCUCUCUUAGGUGAACACAUGACAGUCAUCAUGUAGUCACUCACAAGGUCAGCUAAGUGAAAGGGAAAGAUUCUACAGUUUCAGUUAUGUUCCUCCCACGCCCCCUUCUCCUGGGAUUUGCUAUUGUUUUUUCUGAUCUGCUUACCUGCCUAAUUCCAAAUGUUAAUAUAUGCAGGAAUUUGGUUUAUGAAAAAGAUGACCUUUUAAAUCAGUAAUAGAGAGAUGGAUAAUUCAACACAUGGUGCUAAAUCUAUACACUACCCCUUAUAUCAGGAUAAUUUCAAGGGAUCAAAGAUUUAAAUAUUUUUUUAAAAGAUAGUAAAAUAAAAA